AUGGAAGCCAAUUCUUUCCCUCAGGAACCGAGAAAACAAGCAGUAUUAUACAAGGAAUGGUUAAGAGCAAAGAACCCAGAAGCAGUCAUUGCCCGGUUCGAACGUGGGCAUUUUAACCAUAAUGAAGAGUGCUGGCAGUACUAUAUCGCGGCUUUAGCGCAAACGGGAAAUGCCGAAGCGAUAUUACCAAGAAUAAUGCAAAAAUUAGAAAGGGACGGUGGCGCCAAAUGGAUGGCGGAUCAAGGGAAAGGCGUUUUACCGAAAGAAGUACUGCAACAGUUGGUCGCCAGUCGUGCGGGUGGCCAAGCUUCGAUGGACGGUGCAACCAUUCUAGCAGGUUCAGGAAAAAAGUCGAAUCCGAUUUACGUCGUGGUGGAGGAAGGACGUAAAUUCAUGUUCUGGCGAGCCAUUCGCUGGGUCGGUGUGACUUUGACAUAUGCCUUCUGUAUCCUCACGAUUCUUUCACUGGCAUUGGAAAACUCGGGCUUGUUGAAGACUGCAACGCAGCAAACAGAAUACGAACCGGUCACUCAACAAGCGGUCAAAUUCGAUGAUGUGCAGGGAGUGGAUGAAGCAAAACAGGAGCUGGAAGAAAUCGUUCAAUUCUUAAAAAACCCUCAAAAGUUCACUGAACUCGGUGGCAAACUUCCUAAAGGUGUACUGUUAACCGGUCCACCGGGCACGGGUAAAACCAUGUUGGCAAGAGCCGUCGCGGGCGAGGCAAAUGUGCCAUUCUUCUUCAUGAGCGGAAGUGAAUUUGAUGAAAUGUACGUUGGUGUUGGUGCUCGUCGCGUUCGUGAAUUAUUCGCUGCUGCACGUAUCAAAGCUCCCAGUAUUGUAUUUAUCGAUGAAAUCGAUGCCAUUGGAUCCAAACGCAAUCCCAAAGAUCAAUCCUAUAUGAAGCAAACUCUGAAUCAAUUGUUGGUGGAUCUGGAUGGGUUUUCACAAACUGAAGGCGUGAUUUUCAUUGCUGCAACCAACUUCCCCGAAUUACUGGAUAAGGCGCUGGUUCGACCCGGUCGUUUCGAUCGUCACGUUAAUGUGCCUCUCCCGGAUGUCCGUGGCCGUAUUGAGAUUCUCAAACAUCACAUGAAAAAUAUUCAGUUCGCUAGUGAUGUGGACGUGAGUGUGAUUGCUCGAGGCACCCCGGGUUUCAGUGGUGCCGACCUUGCGAAUCUGGUGAAUCAGGCUGCCAUUCAAGCCAGUCGAGAAGGAUGUCGACAAGUGAACCUGAAGCAUAUGGAGUUCUCCAAGGAUAAAAUCAUCAUGGGGGCUGAGCGUCGCUCGGCUGUCAUUACAGAAGAAAGCAAGCGCGUGACAGCAUAUCACGAAGGCGGACAUGCCUUGGUGGCUUUCUACACUCCCGGGGCCAUGCCUCUGCACAAAGCAACCAUUAUGCCCCGUGGCUCGGCACUCGGCAUGACCAUCCAGUUACCAGAAAUGGACAAGGAUUCCUUUACCAAACGAGAAUUUAUUGCACAAAUCGACGUAUGCAUGGGCGGCCGUGUAGCGGAAGAAAUGAUUUUUGGUAGCGAUAAUGUGACGAGUGGCGCACACAGUGAUAUUGUGAAAGCUACGGAUGUAGCAAGGAGAAUGGUACGACAUUACGGUAUGAGCGAGAAGGUUGGACCAGUGAAUCAUGACGAUGAAGAUAUGCAAUUGCUGAGUGCGCAGACAAAGCAAUUGAUUGAAAGUGAAAUCAAGGCGUUAGUACAAGGCUCAGAGCACCGGGCAAAGGAGAUUUUGGCUACACACAGGGAAGAGCUCGAUCGGCUAGCCAAUGCAUUGAUAGAGUAUGAGACACUGUCAUAUCAAGAAAUCAUAGAUGUAUUGGCGGGCAAGCCUAUCUCACGGUAG